AUGUCCUGGAACACAAACACUUCACCCCCGCUUCCACCCCCUCUCUCGUCUUCCUCUAAUUCGUCUCGUCAUAACAGUUUCAGUGGGUACAACAACGCACCUGUGCAAAGACCAAAGUUGACUACCACUGUUUGGGAAGAUGAAGGCACUUUAUGCUACCAAGUAGAUGCAAAAAGUGUCUGCGUCGCUCGUCGUCAAGAUAAUGAUAUGAUCAACGGCACUAAAUUGCUCAAUGUCGUUGGCAUGUCUCGAGGCAAAAGAGACGGUAUCCUCAAGAACGAAAAGGGCCGUGUAGUUGUCAAAGUAGGCGCAAUGCAUCUCAAAGGUGUAUGGAUCACUUUUACUAGAGCCAAAGAUUUAGCUACCAAGUUCAAGAUUGUAGACAUCCUGUACCCACUAUUUGUAGAGGAUCCCUCUGUCUUCUUGUCUGUGCCUCCACCUCCUCCCUCCUCAUCUUCCGGCACUCUCAAUGUGAGUAACUCAAACAGCGGCAGCUUGCCCAUCAUGCUUCCAUCAUCCAAUCCCACCACGACAGCACCCAAAUACACGACAAAUUACGGCUCAUUCAACAUGCAAACCUGGGAAAAGCAAUCCUAUCAACCUCUUCCUAGUAUCACAAAUCAACAACAACAGGAUCAAAUGUUGAUUCGAUCUCAAAACCUCACCAGCGGUAGUUGUAGUCCUGUGCCUGGAAGCAUUGCUCCCAUCUUGUCCUCCACCGCCACCGCGGAAGAGAAUGAUCUGUAUCUGAUGAGCAACCCAUAUGAUUAUCGUAGUAGCAGUAACGAUAGAGCUUAUAGUAACAACACGAGUAACAGCUCCUAUCAUUUAUACGGUAACAAUAACAACAACAACAGUGGCGGUGCUACUACAACAGAUCAUUACUCUUCUUCUCCUUACGACAAUGCGCCAACAACAAGUCCUUAUGUGCAACAACGCAAAUUACAUCAUUCAGUCAUUGAUCAUAUUGCUGACAAGGAACCUUAUCAUCAUCAUGGAGAGCAAAGACGUAAUAGCAUUGAUUUGCCUACCAGUCCUCCUCCAGAAGGCUUGAAAUAUUCAUCCACGUCUUCCGCUGUAUGGCCUGAUGCAGACACCACAUCAGCAGCAGCAGCAGCAGCAGCAGCAGCAUCAGAUCGAAAAGAUGCCUCAUUAGGGUCUUCUUCAGGUAUUCGAAAUGCUACUCAUUUGAUCCUGUCCGGUAGCAAUGGCUCUUGUCAUCCUCUUGCAAAUGAGUACGAUCAUAAUGGCAAUGAGGAACAAGAUCAAUCAAAGUCCUUGUUUAAAAGUAGAAAGAGAGGCCAUCAAGACAUGAGCAAAAACAACAUCCAUCUUCAACGUAAGCGUAUGAAGAAUGAUACGUUGACAGCUACACCUUGA